AUGCCUGAUCAGGGAAAUCAAUCUCUCGAGCAACUCGCCGUGCCGGAGAUUCCUAAGGAACUGGCGAAACAGUUUGAUGUCUUGGAGCAGAAGUUCAUUCGCGCAGAGGUCGAUCAAAUUCGUAGUGGAAUCGUUCGGUUCCGUCCUCUCCUCAAAGAGCGUGACGACGCCAUCGCAAAAUCCCCCCUAAAGGACAACUUCUGGAUCCGCGUUAUUGCCAAUUCCCCCCCUGAAAUCGAUGAAUACAUCCUAGAAUCUGACGCUGAAGUUCUGGGCACCUCGCUCAAGAACCUCUCCGUUGAACGAUUCGAGGUUGAUCAAAACGGCCAUGGUGAACCGCGCAGCUUUCGUCUGACUUUUGAAUUUCACUCCAAUGAAAACCAACACUUCGAGAAUGAGAAGCUUGUGAAGGAGUUCUAUUGGCGCAAGCAGAUCACGCGUACCGCCAAGGGCAAGAAGAGAUCCUGGGAAGGUCUCGUUUCAGAGCCGGUGCGCAUCAACUGGAAGGCCGGAAAGGACCUGACCAAGGGUUUGCUGGAUGCAGCCUGCGACCUUGCUGAGGCUGAGAAAAAGAAGAAGGGCGACCGUAAAGAACUGCCGGAGUUGCAAAAACUCCAAGAAAAAAUCCAGGAGGCCGCCGACGCUAACGACAAGGAUGUGGAUGAGGAUGACUUUUCCUUGGGUGCCAUGAGCCCUGCAGGAACAAGCUUCUUCUCCUUCUUCGGAUAUCGCGGGCGGACCGUGUCUGCGGAAGAAUCCCAAGCUGCCACUAAGGAAGACGAUGAGCGAUAUGAGAAGCUGCUCAAGGGCGAGACCGUCGAUGAUGAAGAUGAAGAUGACGACGAUGACGACGAUGAGGAUGAGGAUACUGAUGAAGAUAUCGAAAUUUUCCCAGAUGGUGACGGGCUCGCCAUCGCCUUGGCAGAGGACCUGUAUACUCACGCAUUCAAGUACUUCGGUCAGUCUAUUGAGGACGUUGCUGGUAGUGAUAUCAUGGAUGGCGAUGUCGACAUAGAGUCGGAGAGUGACGAAGAGGGCGAGGACCAAAGGCCUCGCAAGAAGGCCAAGGUUUAA